AUGCCCAUGAGCGCGAACACCAUGAUCUUCAUGAUUCUGGGGGCGUCGGUCGUGAUGGCCAUCGCGUGCUUGAUGGACAUGAACGCGCUGCUGGACCGAUUCCACAACUACAUCCUCCCGCACCUACGGGGCGAGGACCGCGUCUGCCACUGCAACUGCGGCCGGCACCACGUGCACUACGUGAUUCCGUACGAUGGGGACCAGUCGGUGGUGGACGCCGCGGAGAACUACUUUGUGACAGACAAUGUGACCAAGCAGGAGAUCGACCUUAUGCUGGGGCUGCUGUUGGGCUUCUGCAUCAGUUGGUUCCUCGUGUGGGUGGAUGGUGUCCUGCACUGCGCCGUGCGCGCCUGGAGGGCUGGCCGGCGCUACGAUGGCUCAUGGACCUGGCUGCCCAAGUUCUGCAGCCUGCGGGAGCUGGGCCGGCGGCCACACAGGCCUUUCGAGGAGGCUGCGGGAAACAUGGUACACGUGAAGCAGAAACUCUACCACAAUGGUCACCCCAGCCCACGGCACCUCUGA